AUGACGGACCCAAAGCGACUUAUUAUACCGGCUAAGAUAACCGAAUCUAAGUCCUUUGAAGGAGGACGGCGCGAGGCUUUAUCAAACCACUGUCUGGUCUGUGACGCCGAGGGCAAGCUGUCCAGAUGCUCUGCCUGCAGGGUGGGCCGCUAUUGCUCUAGAGAGCAUCAACUGCAGGAUCGCGAACGGCACAAACUCGGCUGCCGCGAUAUCAAGGUGUUACGAGCUCAGCUUCAGGUCGAUGAUCAUGACCUCCGUAACACAACGGAUCCAACGACAUCCGCAAAUGCCUUCGAUCUUGACGUCGGCAGGUUCUGGGAGUUUGAAAUGACUCGUCAAUACAUUUGUACCCGCUUCAUGGUGGCCGACUUAUGCCGUCUGGCCGGGACCCUAGACGGUACCGUCGAAGCUAUAGAGCACAUGCAAGACAUGCUGCGGCUGUGCGACUCUGACCAUCUCGAUCUCAGAUAUGCUAUACCUCCGAUGAUGCUGCAACUUGACAGGGACCAAGAGUGCUAUAACUUCAUCAAGUGGUGGCAGACCCGACACAUCGAUGACAACGGACAGGAGCAUGAAAUGUACCACCCAGAUGUUUGCAGCAGACCUGCAAACCCAUUGGAAAGUAUAGCGUGGUUGGAUCACGACAAUGUCGAUGUCGAGCACCUCGGCGCCAUGUUGCUGUUGAAGCUGAAAUUGCUCAUCGAUGUCAUUGCUCUCAAGCGCGCUCGGAAAGUUAUCGAGCACCGUCUCGACGUGGAGUUGUGGACCUAUGUUGAUCGUCACGUCGUUCGAAGCAAGCUCAGUACAGAAUGGAGUAGCAAGUCUUACAAGGAGCUCACGGCUGUACAGCAACGGCUGGAGCAGCACGCGAUCUUCAUCGGUGGCCUUCUGAGCAAGAUCACCAAGCAUUUCCCUGCCGCCCUCUUGGAUCCCGACCGCUACCUGAAGAUCAGCGUCGAGACCAAGACAAGGGGCUCAAUUGAAGAGACGGUGUUCCUGCUGCAUUCAUCGUACGGUGCUUGGUGGAACCAUGAGGGUGUCCUGGAACUGUUGCAAAAUGCAUUGUUCCUCGCGGCCGUGAAGUCAAAAGCCGAGUCCAAAACAUGGUUGCCAGCGGUAGAGCAGAUGAUGGCAGGCCAAGCUAUUUCAAAUGUUCCAUUCCUCAAAGUCAAAAACAUCAACAAGAAGAUGUGGCAAUGCCUGCCCGAAGCAGUCGAUACGGCAUUCGAUUUGAAUCAGCUGCCGACGUUUCCAAUGCUGAGGAACUGGGAGAAGUGA